AUGAAUAAUGAUAUUCCUGAAAAUGCAAACGAAGAUUGUCCCGGAGCAACAUCUGCGGAUGCGGGCAAGGUAGCUUCGUGUGCUGGCUGUCCCAACCAGGCACUGUGUUCAGCUGGCGAAGGAAGAAAGUCAGAUGCAGAUCUUCCGGCAAUUGCAGAUCGUUUGAAAAAUAUUAAACAUAAAAUCUUGAUACUUUCUGGAAAAGGUGGUGUCGGAAAAAGUGCUGUGGCGGCAAAUUUAGCUAGAGCUCUUGCAGAGAAUGAUAAAAUACAGGUCGGACUUCUGGACGUAGACAUUUGCGGACCAUCGCAGGCGCGAAUGCUGGGUGUUGAACAAGAAAGUGUUCAUGAGAGUGCUGAUGGUUGGUGUCCCAUUGCUGUGAAAGAUAAUCUUGUAUUAAUGAGUGUUGCAUUCUUAUUGCAAAACAGAUCUGAAGCAGUUAUUUGGCGAGGAGCGCGCAAAAAUGCUUUGAUAAAACAGUUUUUAAAGGAUGUAGACUGGCGAAGUUUGGAUUUCUUAUUGAUUGAUACACCUCCUGGGACUUCGGAUGAACAUAUCUCUACUGUCCAGUUUCUUUUGCAAGCAGGUUCUGUAGAUGGCGCUAUUGUGGUAACCACACCUCAAGAGAUAUCAUUACUUGACGUCCGCAAAGAAAUCGAUUUCUGCCGUAGAACAAAAGUUAACGUAUUAGGAGUUGUUGAGAAUAUGUCUUCAUUCAUUUGUCCUUGUUGUUCGAAAAUUUCUCAACUUUUUCCACGCACAACUGGUGGUGCUGAAACGAUGUGCACUGAAUUAUCGGUUCCUUUACUGGCUUCAUUGCCAUUCGAUAGUAAUAUAGCUGAAUGCGCUGAUGCUGGAGAAGAUUUCUUUGAAAAAUAUCACAAUUCUGUUCUAGCUAAAGAAUUUGAAAAGCUUGCACAACUUAUCUCUAAAUGA